AUGGCCGAAGAGGGUACACCAGUAGACGAUAGGGAACUGAACAUAUUGGUUAUUAGUAUCAAGCCAGUAGCUUUUAUCCCUCACGACCCUGAAGUGUGGUUUGCUGCGUUAGAAAUGCAAUUUGUCGCCCGUAACGUGCGGAGCGAGUGCUCCAAAUACGUUUACGCGGUAGAGUCGAUUCCUGCCCACCGAAUGACCGCCAUUACGAAUAAUAUUCUUAAACCGCCGGAGAAGAACGCGAAAGACGUUCUGAAGGCUGUGGUCUUUCAGUUCUACACUCCUUCUAACGAGGAAAGGUUAUGCCAGUUGCUGGCUCGUCACCCGAUUGGUGACACGACGCCAAGCAGGCUUCUGGCGCGUCUACGCACGUUGGCUAGCCCAGAAACCGCCCAUUCCGACAUGGUCAGAGAGCUGUGGCUUGAGUUGUUGCCACGUACCGUCCAACCGACGGUAAUGACUUUGCUGGAGGACUCCUCAAUCGACAAAGCUGCGUCAAUUGCCGACAAGAUAGUUGCACGUGUCGGUAACAAGGACCAUUUCCUCGUUGCCACGACAUCGCAACCGUAUAGGAGGAAUUGGGAUACGUUUGCGGUACGGCUUCUACAGCCACGACAAAAAUUAAUGCACCACUGCUUGUCCCUCAAGGACAGAAUCCCGUUGCCCGUAUUGCGUAUCAGUCGGAACAGUCUUUGA